GAGAGUGUAAGGCUUUAACCCAAAGAAAGUGAAGUAAGAGAGCAACCUCAAAAGUGGAAGUAAGACUUGUUUCUUUCCUUCUGUUUUUAUUGUUUUUCAUUUCCUCUCUCAAUCCAUCUCCUAAUAACAACAACGCCAAGCUUUGGCACUAUCAUACACACUCAUGCUGUUACUUCACAUAACUCACCCUCUCUCUCUUUUCCUUCAAAACCACAAAUGCUAACACCACCACCACCACCACCACCACCAUCAUAGCAUAUCAGAAACCUCAACUUAGCAACCAGAAAUGGCAGUACAAGACCAUAACAACGAAUGGCCACCAACAGGUGCACCGUUUGACCUCCACAGAGAUGAACAUUGGACCAACUUCGACAGCUCAGUCAAUGCUGUCUCCUUUGGGUUUGUAGCUACUGCUAUUCUCAUUUCCAUGUUCUUAGUCAUGGCUAUCUUUGAGAGAUUCCUCAGACCCCUUUCUCCUCCUAUGUCACCCUCCACCCGCCGGAGCCACCGUGACAUCGAGUCUCAGAUGGGUUCCAACGGAAAACUCUCUCACCCAUCACCCAAAAUGAGUGUAUAUUCGAGCGAGGUUUCGGUUUUGAUGCCUGGAGAUGUGAUUCCUACAUUCAUUGCUCACCCUGCUCCGUGUUGUCCGGAGCGGAUCGCGUGGCCUUCUCAUCAACAUAACACGUUACCUUGUUCGACUUCAAACACUAGGCCGAGUAAUAUCAAUGAAGUUCGAGGAGUCUGAAUCAAUGCGACAAUGUUCUCCGUAUUGCUGCAUCAAAGGGGUUGAUAUGCAUUUUUAACUAGAUGAUGAGUUCUCUUUUAUAGUUUUCUUACAUGUAAUAUAGGAUUUAGUUUAGGUUUUACAAUUGGAGUACAAGAUCGAUUUCUGUUUAAACUUGUUUUCGUUUGAUGAAAAUUUGGAAGGUGUUUCCUUAGUGAUGUAAAUCUCAGUUAUCAAUAGAUACAUUGUGUCCAAGUAUGAGUCUCUGUUAAUUUUUAUAAUAAAAUGAGUUUUAUUUAUUA